UCUUGUCUUUUUUUUUUUUUUCAAUGAUGACAGAGCAAUUGGCUAUGUAUCGACAAUAUGAGUGUUUCAUAAAACGCAUAUUACUGUGCGCCGGUUUAUGGCCUGUAGAAAAUAAAGAGAGUUCACUUAUCUAUCGACAUUUAUCUAUUUUAACUGUAUUUUUAGGUACAUUUAUGUUUUUUGGUACAUUAAAAUUUUGUUUAGAAAAUCUUGACGAUAUUAAAGUAUUGACGAAAGGACUCAGUCCUUUAGGAAGUUUUGCCUUAGUAGCUGUUAAGGCAUUCAUGUUUUUUAUAUAUCGAAAGGAAUUACGCGAAUUGAAUUUAAAUCUUGAAUUGAUGUUUGAAGAAGUCCUCAGCAAAGCGCAUUAUCGACCAAUUGUAUUGUCAUUGUUAAAUCUUUUUAAACGUCCUGCAUACAUUGUCUAUUAUUUGACCAUGUUUGUAAUACUUUUGUAUAUAUGCAAACCAUUUAUAUUGAUCGUCUAUCAAAUAACGAAGAACAUCAAUCCAAAACAUUACGCUCUUCCCUAUCCUGCCACUUUUCCAUGGAUUGACGGAACACCGAAUAUACUUUAUCAAGCACAGUUUAUUUUGGAAAUAGUCAUCGGUUGGUUCGUGGUUUUUGUUACCAGCAGCGUUGAUACCAUUUACGGAUUCUACAUUUUUCAAAUUACUGGAAUUUUACGUGCCAUGUCUUUCGAAUGCGAAAAACUUGGAAAAUCAUCUAAGGAACUCAAUGUCAUUCUAUGCAAUUGUAUUAAAAGGCAUAUAUUACUUCUGCGUUGUCGUGACAUCAUUCAAAAAGUUUAUGGACCAGUUAUGUUGUGCUUAAUAGUGAGCAGUGUCAUCGUCCUAUGCGCCUUAAUAUUUCAAAUGUUUCAAGUAUGAUUAAUAUUUUUAUA